CAUACAUUCAUUCUCACAUUUGGCAUUAAGUUACAACAACCUGUUUUGUUCCGGUCUACUAUUUUGUAUUGCUUUCUUUUCUCUCUUUCGGAAAAAUUAGUUGGUACUGAAAAAAAUAAAUAAAUUUAAGACUGAUCAAAAAUGAAUUCGUCAAAAGCUUUGGUGACCAAACAGAUGGUGGCCUUGGGAUUCAGCAACCUUGUGAAGAGUCGCGGAAUGAAAAACUUGCGACUAGAUGACAUUCACUACAAGCCUGGUGCGAUGAAGGAGCGAACGUACAGAAGGACUUGGGCGGAACAGCAGUUGGUGCAGCCCGAAGUUGAGGAGCGCUUGGAUGACACAAAGUACAAUCCAGGGCGCUGGACAGAACGAGAAUACCAGGCCACCUGGCGGGAAGCCGUUGAGGAGGAUCGUCAGCAAGAGCUAGAGGAUCAGCGAUGCGAAAAAGAAGAAACUUCCGCCCCUGUGCUACGCCGAUCGUUUGAUCCCAAGAGGCGACUACAAAGGAUCGCCAUUCCCGCCAGUCAGUUCAUCUCCCAGUUCAUCUCCACCCAAAGCAAAAACAAGAGGCGUCACGUAGAAGCUGCCGCAGAUCGAAUGGCGUAUGAUGGUUACCAACUGGUCUGAAAUGCCAACUCAAUUGUUUGUUCAUGACGAGGACACUCUUAAAUAUUAUUUAGUUUGUUAAAUGUUAAAUUCAAACUUCAAAUCUAAAAGGUUAUCUUUUGCUGUAAAUCGAAUGAAACAAAAAGAAAUUCAAAUUGCAAGCUUUGUUAAA